AUGCUGCUGCCCGUGCUUUUGGUUUUUAUAAUUGGGGAGUCGAAGGGCGAGAAAAAAUGCGGAACGGAUUUGAGAGAGAUUUCAAAAGAUGGGAUGGCUUCACUUCAUCGAGCAGUCCAUCCACUGAGAAGCCCUGAUCUGGAGUGCGUCCAAAUUCUGCUGGAAGAGGGAGCAGAUGUGAACUUGCAGACGAGCAAAGGAUCCACGUCCCUGCAUUUGCUCUUCAAGGGAACAGAGGAAGAAUCGAUCUCCGUCAUUCUGGACUUGUUUCUUCAAAGUUCCGUUGAUUUGUCAAUCAAGGACGAGAGCGGCUACGAAGCGGUUCACUAUCUCUACCAGAACCAAAAGCUUCCGGACUUCUUCAAAGCAGAUUUGGUCAAAAAACUCAUUGGCGCUGGAUCAGGUCACGUGUCUGAGGAGCUGCCUUGGAUGGCGAUCGACUUGCCUUUUUUCGAAAAACGGUUGGAGCUGCUCCCGGGGCCGCCGAUUCCAGCUGCGAUCAAGGCCGUUUUCGAAGGGGAAAAAGACCGUUUUGAGAAAAUCAAGAUUGUCGACUGCCUCCAGAACGCAACGACAUUGAAAGAGCAGCUGGACCAGUGCCAGGGAAAUAUUUUGAAGAUCAACGAAAAAAACAAGGAGGAGGAGCAGCGAAAGAAAAAUGAGCAAGAGUCGAAAAUAGCGAGUUUAGAAACGGCGCUCAAUGAUGCUAAAACUAAAGAAAAAGAGAUGAUCCAAAAGGCGACAGAGAGGGAAAACGAGUUAGAAGAAAAGGCGAAGAUGGUCGAGAGCAAGAUGCGUGCGAUUUUAGAGAAGCAAAAGGAAGAAAAUAUCAUUUAUGAAAAUGAUUUAUCAUUAUACAAGGCGUCGUUCGAAGAAGAAAGAAAAAAGGCUGAAUUAUUAGCGGAUGAAGUGGCCUCCCUCAAUUCGAAAAUCGAGGCACUUGGAAAUGUUACAUGCGAGAACAAGAAAGAAAACGCGACGGCAGCUUGUCCUGCUGUAGCCGUCGUUUCGAAUGAACUUGCGGAUGAAAGGAUCGAACAACUGAAAAUGGAGAAGAGAAAAAUAAUUGCCUUCAUAAUUCAGAUCCUGAUCAUUUAUGCCGCGUGGAAAGUAGGAAAAAGAUGCUUUAGAAAGAAACCAGAACCUGGCUUUUCUGAUAUUCCCUCCGAACUCACAAAGCAUAUUGAGCAGCUAGAGCGAGUAGUUGAAUACAACCGUGGUCUUCAAGGAGCGAUGAACAUCUCUCUUGAGCGAAAAGAUGCAAAGAUCAGAGACUUGCAGCGAACAAUCGACGAGUCCGGCUUGUUCGACGAAUCUGCUGAAUCAGAAAAUCCAACGUCGACUGAGGACUACUCAACUGAUUCCCUGCGAGUCAUUGCUGGAUCGAAUUAA